GCUCAUCAGUUAGCUUUCGAUCGUCGUUCGAAUGCGACACAGACUUGCGCUGGGUUUUGUUCGCUCGGGGUCGCCGCGCGUUUUCUGAAAUCUCGUUGUCGGUGGAUUACCGCGCGUUCGUUCAUAAAGUGGGUAAUUGUGUGUCUAUUUUGGAUUAGGUGUAUAUGGAACGGUUGAAUCGCGAGGAAAGGAAAUAACUAACAACAAGUUGUAGGUACGGGAGGCAGUCACUAUCUAGCAAGAGUGAUUUAUACAAUAGUGAAGUUGAACGAAUAACGAACGGUGGUUGUGGCGUGAAGACCUUCAUUGGGGUCGCUCCAGCUAGUUACCGAAAGUGUUGAACCACGGGUUGUUUGUCGCCGUAUUCGUUGACGCUGGGGGCGAGAUUCAGACAAGAAGAGUUUGUGGUGUGUGUUUACAAUUCCGUCUGGUGUUUGUUGAAGGCAAAGCCGAAAAAAGUUAAAAGUUGUCAUUGAAGAGACAAACAAGUCUCGCUGAAGUGUUGUGUGCAGAAGAAGCAGCAGCUGUGAGCGUUCCAGCAAGUUCCGGCUUUGCGAAUCGAUUUCGGUGUCACGAAAGAAGAUAGAGACGCAGUGAAUCAUCAGCAAAACACGCGAGAAAAGGGCGUCCUUCCACCCCACCCUCUCAUCCUACCCCGUAAGGACCACCAAGCUCCUAAUAAUCAUCCAGCUGGGGUGGCAUCAAUCAUAAGGACGGGCAAAACCGUGCUGCCGGGAGCAGAAUGGAGCUUUCGCGGAUAAAAAUCUUCUUCGGUGGAUUGGUGUUGCAGCUGUUGUUCACAAUUGCCGUUCCGCUGCCGUACAACAAGUAUGGCCGCCAGUGCAGUGACAUCGGGUGCCUCUCGAGCCAGGUGUGCGUAAUGGCGUACGACUCCUGUUCCCUGAACCAACGCGAGGGCAACGAAUGCGGUCGUUACCCGACCUGCAAGAAGAAGACCGACGCUGGAUUAGCCGCAGGUCCUAGUGACAGCGCUCAAGAUCUGUACAGUAACAAUCCGACACCCCCGAAAGCAUCGGCUCCGUCGUCGAGUGGUGGUGACGAUGAUGUUCUCACCAGUUUGGGACUGAUCCCCGACCGACCGGCUUCCCGUCCGAACCAAAAUCCCUACUCCAACCCCUAUCCGGCACUUCCGGUCAAUCCUCCCCAACCUGCUGCACCCUACCAUCCCCCGGCACCGGCUCCCGCUUCUCCAUCAGGUGGCAACAAUUACUACGGUGGUGGUGGCGGUGGUGGUUCCAGCGGUGGCAACCGACGUCCCGGACAGUUUGACGGCUCCGGUGGUAACAUUGUGGUCCCGACGCAGAAACCGGCCGCUCCAUCCGGUGGAUUCUUCAGUGGUAUUUUCGGUGGCAUCCAGAACGCCGUGUCCAAUGCCGUGAAGCAACAGGUCGGAACCUAUAUCAAUCAAAGGCUGGGUAUUGGGCCAGCUACAGGUGGUGCCGGUGGCCUGUUCGACGCCAACCGGUUCAUCGAUACCAAGAACUUUGGCAGCCUCUUUAGCGAGAAGAAACCGUCGGGAUCUUCUUCGGCUCAACCGACCGGCUCGAGCAACUCCGCUGUGGGACCAUACCCGGUAACGGUUGACCAGCGUACCUCGGUCUACUCGGCCAAUGCCCAACCCAGCAAUAGAGGAAGUUCAUCCGAGCAAUAUCGUCGCCAGGGAUCGUCCGAGUCUCAGUACCGUCGCCAGGGCGCUACCGGUACUCCAGCACCUUACGGAUGGAAGCUGGAUUGAGAUGAGCGGAUGCUCCGCGACAAGUAAAAUGAUAUUGAUCAAAUAAACUAGAAAUACUCCCCUUGACACCUCCCCACUUUGCAAUAACAAGAAUCUCUUCCAGUUUAACUUUUAUUAAAACCAGUAGUAAAAAUAUAAGUUGAUAUGAAUAUUCUUCCACAGAUAUGUUAUUUUGGUACCUAAUAAAUUAACAUUGACAUA